GUGUUGUGCGUGUGUUGGCCCAGAGCCAUUUCAGUUAUUGCCAGCUCAACAUAUAGACAACUCCAACAGAUGUUAACGCUGCCAGCCAAGAAAAUCGAGUAAAACGGCCAAAAGUGCAGCUCAAUAAACAGUGAAAAUCGUAAUAAGAAGAUCUGCCCAGUUUUGGCCAUAGAAUGCGACGUGUUUUAUUUGUGGCGCUAAUUGCGCUGGGAUUGGGAGCACUGUGCUCCGUCGAUGCCAACCACCUGCCAGAUGCAGCCAUAAAUAUCAACGAACGCUUCUUCGACGAGGUCAGGGAGCUCAUCAAGCGUCGCAUGGAGAGCAAACCGAUGCCUUUGGCGGGCGAUGAAGUCGCUCUACAGAAUCAACGGAGCUACGACAAUGUGCCAAUUCCAGCGGCAAGUGUUCCAGUUCCUGUGCUCGUGGAGAACUGGCCAACUGAUCAGCAUAGCUUCGGACAAGUGACAGCAGUUUCCGUGGAUCCCGAGGGCAAUCCAGUGAUUUUCCAUCGCGCCGACCGUUACUGGGAUGUUAACACCUUCAACGAGAGCAACAUUUAUUAUCUCAUCGAAUACGGACCCAUCAAAGAGAAGACUAUUUAUGUGCUAGAUCCGAAGACAGGUGCCAUCAAGUCCGGCUGGGGCUCUGAUAUGUUCUACAUGCCACAUGGCAUGACCAUCGAUACACAUGGCAACUACUGGAUAACCGAUGUGGCCAUGCAUCAAGCCUUUAAGUUCAGACCAUUUGAGAGUAAGCCCCAACUUGUGAUUGGCAAGCGAUUCCGACCUGGUGCCUCUGUCAAGCAACUGUGCAAGCCAACUUCCAUAGCUGUGGCCACAACAGGCGAGUUCUUCAUUGCUGAUGGCUACUGUAACAGUCGCAUUCUCAAGUUCAAUGCUGCUGGCAAACUGUUGCGCAGCAUUCCACAGCCACCCGAAUUCCUCUCGUUGCAGGUGCCACAUGCCAUUACUCUAUUGGAACACUUGGACUUACUCUGUAUUGCCGAUCGUGAGAAUAUGCGAGUCGUUUGCCCUAAAGCUGGCCUCAAGUCAUCGCAUGGAGAGGGACAACCAGCAGCCACCAUUCAAGAGCCAGAUCUGGGACGCGUUUUUGGAGUUAGUGGCUAUGGUGAUAUUGUGUUUGCCGUGAAUGGACCCACUUCGAUGUUGCCGGUGCGUGGUUUCACCAUUGAUCCCCGUUCCGAGACAAUCAUUGGCCACUGGGGCGAGUUCAAGAAUCCUCAUUCCAUAGCGGUAAGCGUUAAUGGUUCGGCAUUAUAUGUGACGGAGACGGGCACCAAUCAUCAGACGAAUCGUGUUUGGAAAUACGUUCUGGCUUGAGGUAUUGGUGAUCAACAAACGCGCAAAUACAUAACUCCAAAGGCACUCCCGAGCCGACGACAGGCAUAUCCCCAAAAUAGUGAAUAGUAAUUCCAACUGAAAAUCAGCGAUAUCUCUUCUUUGUAGAGAGAAUCUAGUGAGAGUCUAGUUAACCAAAUCUGCAACCGUAAAACACCAAUAAAUACAAUCGAAAUAGAUACACGCAAAAUUCUAUGUUUAAAAUCAAUAGUAGUAAUUAUUAAUGUACAAUUUAAGUAUGUAAAUUGCUUAACAAACAAAUACCACAACAAACGUAACCUCAAAAUUUAUGUUUUUUGCACUGUAAUGAGCAAAUGGAAUUACAAAGCAGCUUAAAACUAAUAAUAUAACCAUUAACUAGGCACAUAUGUGUACGCGUUCACUUCGGAGUAUUACCAAAAGCGCAAUCAAAAUUAUACAUAACAUAUAUUUACUACUUAAUAGUAAAAUGUAUCAUAUUGUAUCCUGCACAAGUAUAUCUAUGUCUAUGCGUGUAUAUCUAUAUUAUAAUAUAAUAAUCCAUGUAUAUUAUGUAAUAAACUGUU